AUGUCGGAAUACUGGAAAUCUACGCCCAAAUACUGGUGCAAGCACUGCUCGGUAUACGUGCGCGACACGAAACUCGAGCGCGCAAACCAUGAAGCCACAGCAAAGCACCAAGGCGCCCUCAAGCGCUCGCUACGGGACCUGCACCGCAACCACGAGAGGGAAGAGCGCGAGAAGGAGAGGGCGCGACGAGAAAUUGACAGACUCAAUGGCGUUGUCAGCGGAUCGUCGUCUGGCUCCUCAGCCGCGCCGGCCAAGGCAGCAGCACCCACAGAGGCUCAUCUGAAAUCACAGCGCGAGCAGCUGGCUGCGCUGGGGGUUGCGAUUCCGACUGAUUUCCGGCCCGAGAUGGCUAUGCCUGGCGAGUGGACAGUUACAAAGACGACCAUAAUCGAAGAGAGACCGGAAGGGGACGGUGAAACUCCGAUCGAGGCCAGGGCAACGGGCGUCAGGAAGCGUGAAGAGACAGAAGAGCAGAAGGAGGAAGAAGAAGCAGUGCGAGGACUUUUCAAGAGGCCGAGACGAUGGGGUCGCGACUCCAAGACUAUGCCGGACGACGAAGACCAAGACCUAGAUGCGCUUCUGAGCGCUGCGGUGCCGUUAAAGACUGAAGCCAACGGUGACAAGGACGCAGUGAAGAAGGAGGAAGAUGCUGAAGAUAGCGACUCUGCCAAGGUGAAGAUACUGAAAGAGGAGGACCUUGCUAUCAAGUCAGAACUUGACGCCGAGUUGCAAAACCAGGAGCCGCCUGUUCAUCGAGAUGCAGUUGUCAAGGCGGAAGAGACAGAACAGCCGAGCGGGAUCACGCCGGUGGUUUUCAAGAAGCGCAAACCAAAGGGAAUCCGCAGCAAGUGA